AUGUCUAGCAUUUUGGGGAAGAAGAAGUUGUACCUCUGCUUCUCCAAAUUCAAGUGUCUACCCACCCUCACUCUAUCCCCACCACCCACAGAUGAAGAAGAAGAAAACGAGAAUGACACAGCCGCCCAUCUGAUCGACCCUUCAUCAUUAAUCAAGAACUUCAACUCCCUCUAUGAUUCCAACUCUGGUUCAAUCUCCAAGCCCCUUACCUCCUCUACAGACGAUUUCCUCUCUUCUUCUGAUGAUUCCGAUACUGAAUCGGUUCCUGAUUUUGCUACGGUUUUCGCGUCCCAACGCUUCUUUUUCUCCUCCCCCGGCCGCUCCAACUCCAUUGUUGAAUCCACGGAUGGGUCUCCAGGGCCGGAAUCUGACACGGUGGUUAAUGGUGGCAUUGCCGUUCAGACGUACUCUCCGAAUCCAUAUGCCGACUUCAGAAAAUCGAUGCAAGAGAUGGUCGAAGCACGAGGGUUAACAGAUGUUAAGAAUGAUUGGGAUUUCUUACAUGACCUUUUCUUGUGUUAUCUAACCUUAAACCCUAAACACACCCACAAGUUUAUUGUUGGUGCAUUUUCAGACCUUAUUGAGGAGCUUAAGCGUGAGAUCGAGGACCUCAAGGCCAAGGUUAAUUUCCUCCGGCUACUCUCCGCUGGAUCUGGUGGGACCAUCGCCAUUUCCAGGUCUAAUACGUUGGCCUUCUCCAAUGUUGUAUUGAUCGCCUCUGGUUCGACUAAUUCUGCCGAUCCUCGAUCUAGUUUUCCCUCCAUCCCUACCCAUCGGGCAUCAUGGUAUGGUACCCAUUUCACCAUUUAUCCUGAUUCGAACUUCCAAGUAUUGACAAAUAAAUGUGAAAGAAGUGCAGCUGAGAAUGAAUUUGUGGUUGCUGUGAAGCUGGAGGUCGCAAAGGACAAUGACAUAUUGAUAGCAGCGUCGACGUUGGCGGUGGAAGAUGAUGAUGAUGAAGGUGGAAUGUGUUUUUAA